GUCUUUGUAUUAUCGAUUUGCCGAUAGCGAGGCUUGCUACAAUAUUUUUUACUUCUGUGAGGGAAAACGAAAAGUUGUGCUUAUUUUCCAACACCAAAAGGGAUUCCUGUGCAAAUAGUUGCAGUAAUUUGAAGUAACUCUCUAAGCUUCCCAGAAAAACCAAGCAAAAUGCCCAGCAUCAAGUUGCAAUCUUCGGAUGAGGAGAUCUUCGACACGGACAUCCAGAUCGCCAAGUGCUCCGGCACCAUCAAGACCAUGCUGGAGGAUUGCGGCAUGGAGGACGACGAGAACGCCAUUGUGCCCCUUCCCAAUGUGAACUCGACGAUCCUGCGCAAGGUGCUCACCUGGGCCCAUUACCACAAGGACGAUCCCCAGCCGACGGAGGACGAUGAGAGCAAGGAGAAGCGCACCGACGACAUCAUCUCCUGGGACGCCGACUUCCUGAAGGUCGAUCAGGGCACUCUGUUCGAGCUCAUCCUGGCCGCCAACUAUCUGGACAUCAAGGGCCUGCUGGAGCUCACCUGCAAGACGGUGGCCAACAUGAUCAAGGGCAAGACACCCGAGGAGAUCCGUAAGACCUUUAACAUCAAGAAGGACUUUACGCCCGCCGAGGAGGAGCAGGUGCGCAAGGAGAACGAGUGGUGCGAGGAGAAGUAGAGAGUGCCCUUGUCGGGACCAAAAGUUAGAGGAGGAGAAAGCAGGCGGAGGAGGAGUCAUGCCCCGCAUCGGAGUUGCUUUAUUUAGUUGCUACUCUCAUUUCACAUUUUUUUUGUAUUCUAACUUAAUGGACCCUCAUUUUGAAUUUGUAUAACUGAUCUGCUGCAAGCGUCCUUCGUGCUUGAUGUGAUUCGCGGGUUUAUUCGAUCGUCGUACAUAUAUCUCAUAAUUUAUGAGUCAUAAAUAUAUGCGAAAAGUAAAACUCUAUGUAGCCUACAUAUAUGAAUAAGAACAUUUUGAUUUCACCUUAAUAAAUAUGUACUACCCAAA